CCUCAUGGCCCUCCGCUUCGCCCUGCGGAAGCAGCCGCGCCGCCACGCGCGCCAGCUCAGCUCGUUCGCCGGCGACUACCUCAGCCUCGAGACGCGCGCCAACGGCGUCGCCAUCGUGCGCCUCGACGACAAGCAGGCCAAGGUCAACACGCUCAACGCCAACAUGACCAAGGAGAUCGUCACGAUGCUCGACACGGUCGAGAAGGACGCGUCGAUCAAGUCGGUUGUGCUCAUCUCGGGCAAGCCCGGCUGCUUCAUCGCCGGCGCCGACAUUGCGCAGCUCCAGGCCUGCACGACCGAGGCCGAGGUCCGCGCGCUCUCGACCGCCGGCCAGGGCUACAUGGCCCGCAUCGAAAAGUCGUCUAAGCCCUUCAUCGCCGCCAUUGACGGCUCGUGCAUGGGCGGCGGCCUCGAGGUUGCGCUUGCGUGCCACUACCGCAUUGCGUCGUCGUCCAAGAAGACGUCGCUCGCGCUCCCGGAGGUCAUGCUCGGCCUGCUCCCGGGCGCCGGCGGCACCCAGCGCCUCCCCAAGCUCGUCGGCCUCCAGGCCGCGCUCGACAUGAUGCUCACGGGCAAGAACAUCAAGCCGGAGAAGGCCAAGAAGAUGGGCCUCGUGGACCAGGUCGCGGACCCGUAUGCGCUUGAGAACGCGGCGAUCGCGAUGGCCGAGAGCCUCGGCUCGGGCAAGUCGAAGAAGGCGAAGAAGUCCAAGGCGUUUGUCAACCGCGUCCUCGAAGACACGCCGCUGCGCUCGAUCGUCUUCCAGAAGGCCGGCGAGAUGGUCGCCAAGAAGACGGGCGGCCACUACCCGGCGCCCAAGCUCAUCUUGGAAGCGGUCCAGGCGGGCUACGAGUCGAGCGCCCGCGGCUACGAAGUCGAGGCCGCCAACUUCGCCAAGCUCGGCAUGACGACGGAAGCCAAGUCGCUCAUGAGCAUCUUCUUUGGCCAGACGCAGCUCAAGAAGAACCGGUACGGCAAGCCGACCGCGCCCGUGCAGACGAUGGCGGUCAUUGGCGCCGGCCUCAUGGGCGCCGGUAUCACGCAGGUGUCGGCCUCGAAGAACAUCCGCGUGCUCCUCAAGGACCGCGACGCCGCGGCCGCCUCCAAGGGCGAGGAUUACGUGCGCAACAACCUCGACGGCCGCGUCAAGAAGCGCCGCAUGACUGUGUUUGAGCGCGAUUCGGUCAUGGCCAACAUCGUGCCGCUCCACGACCAGGACGACGUGUGGAAGAAGCACAUGAGCCACGCCGACCUCGCGAUCGAGGCUGUGUUUGAGGACAUGGCGCUCAAGCACAAGGUCAUCAAGGACCUCGAGCAGUACAUCCCGGAGCACUGCAUCGUCGCGACCAACACGUCGGCGCUCAGCGUCGCCGAGAUCGCGUCGGCCUCCAAGCGCCCGGAGAACGUGAUUGGCAUGCACUACUUUUCGCCCGUGCCGCAGAUGCCGCUUCUCGAGAUCAUCCGCCACCCCAAGACGUCGGACGACGUGGCGGCCCGCGCGGUCGACGUCGGUCUUCGCCAGGGCAAGACGUGCAUCGUGGUCAAGGACGUGCCUGGCUUUUACGUGAACCGCUGCCUCGGCCCGUACAUUGCCGAGACGCUCUCGCUGGUGCAGUCGGGCGUCGAGCCCGAGCGCCUCGACAAGAUGGUCACCAAGUGGGGUCUCCCCGUCGGCCCCAUCACACUCGCGGACGAAGUCGGCAUUGACGUCGCCAAGCACGUCAACGUGACGCUCUCGGCCGCGCUCGGUGUGCGCAUGCAGGGCGGCAACCCGGCCAUCUUCGACGACAUGAUUGCGGCCGGCAUGCUCGGCAAGAAGUCGGGCAAGGGCUUCUUUCUCCAGCCCAAGAGCAAGAAAGAGAAGAAGACGAUCAACCCGGAGGCCAUCGCGCUCGUCAAGAAGUAUGCGCUCACGGACCUCAAGCUCUCGGACGAGGAGGCCACCAACCGCCUCGUGUCGCGCUUCGUCAACGAGGCCAUUCUCUGCGUCCAGGACGAGAUCAUCGCGACGCCGACCGAGGGCGACAUUGGCGCCGUCUUCGGCAUUGGCUUCCCGCCGUUCAUCGGCGGCCCGUUCCGCCUCGUCGACAAGAUUGGCUCGCAGAAGUACAACGACAUGAUGCUCCGCUUCGCGGACAAGUAUGGCGAGCAGUUUACGCCCUGCGCGCUCCUCCAGGACAUGGCCAAGACCAACAAGAAGUUCCACAACUAAGCAAUCAUCUAAGAAGAAUCACAUGUACUACACCCA